AUGAAAACUGAACAAUUCCUAAGGAAUUACUUCCUAUUACUUCCUAAUGAUAUCUUAAUUGAAAUCUUCAAAUUAUUACCACCUCGACACAUUCAAUUUUUUAUGAAUAUAAAACUAUUUGAACCUCCCAUUUAUGACGUAUUCAUAAGUCGUAUCAACAUAUCCACUACUCAAAUUGGUAUACCAAGAUCUAUGACUUUUACUGUAAAAGACACUGAACUUUCAUUGGAAAGUCUCCCUUAUAAUUAUAUUCCUAAAAGUAUUCGUAUACAAAUAAAUUCUCAACAAAUGGCAGAAUGUAUGGUACUUGACUCUCAAUUCAUAAAAUUGGUUAAAGAUAUUAGAAUUUCCUUAAUUGUUGAUUUAAACAAUCCACCGAGCAUAGAAACUUCUAAAGAGAUAAUCCAGCUUCAAAAUUUAACAAAAUUAACAAUUCAGUUUAAUUUACAAGACUCUAAGGAAAAUAUCUCAUCAUCAGUCAACAUUACUAAUAGUGAUGAUUUAUUAAUGUUACAAGAACUUCCUCAACUUUUGAGUGAACCACAAAACUUUAAGAAUGUUUAUAAAAAUUUACCCAUAUCAGUUCAUUGGUUGCAAGUUUCAACCCCGAUAGAAAUAUUAGAGUACGACCAGUUUACUAAUUUAAAAUCAUUAUGCAUUAGUCUACAAACUUUUGAAAAUCCAGUAAUUUUACCCAAUAGUUUAGAAGAGGUAUUCUUUUUAAAAUGUGAGUUUGAAUACGAAGAAAGUUUUCCUGAAUGGUCUGAAAAUUUAAAGAGUAUUUGUAUUAAAGAUUGUUCUCAUGACUGUUUCCAUGACCCUCGUCACAUUAAUUUAGGCGUUUGGCCUUUAAAAUUAAAAGAGAUAUACCUACAAAAUAAUGAUGUCAGAGGUUCUAUAGUGUGUGAAUUACCUCCUUUCUUAGAAUAUCUUGAAAUUACUGAUCAAGCCGAAGAUUAUCUCAGCUUAAUCUCUCAUACAAUUGAUAAACACAUAAUUUUUCCUGAAUCAUUAGCGAUUAUAAGAAUUUCUUCAAUUUAUCUUUCUCAUGUUGAAAUCAUUGAAUUUCCACCCAAUUUAAAACGUUUGACUAUAGCUAAUAGUUUAAAAUCCUUGAAUCAAUGCAUAUUUCCUACAUCAUUAGAAUAUUUAAACUUUAAUCUCAAUACCAUCGAAAGCUUAACCGAAUACAACAAUCUUGAAAGGGGUACACACUGGCAUAAAUUAAUCAACUUGAAGACCUUGAAAUUAAAUAGUAAUAGUCUAUGCCAUGAAGGUGUGGUAUAUUGGAUACCACCUCCUAACUUAGAAUAUUUUGAUGCAAGUGGAAAUGAUAUAACUUCUAUGGAUAUAGCAUUGUUUAAAUUUUCUCUGAAAGAAUUUACAAAUAAUUUGAAGUAUAUUAAUUUAAGGUCGUAUACAACAUCGCCCAUUGAUUCUUUGCCCGAAGAUCUUUACAUACCUGACAAUGUUGAAUUUAUUGACAUAUUGGGGUUUUAUCGUACAGAGAAUGCUUUGCAAAAGAAGGUAAACGCCAUAAUUGAUUCUCAGAUAGAACCCACUGGUAAAUCUAGAAGAAAAAGAUCUUACUGGCAUACAUUGUAG